AUGAGUCGGAUCUCUGGAUUUCUCACCGGCGUAACCUUCGCCUCCAUAAUCACCUACACCACCGCCGUCGAACUCCGCGCCCGCGCCGACGCCGCCCGCGCCGCGAUGGCGCUCACCCGCUCGACCCUCGACGCCACCGUCGAGCCGAAGCGGUACACCGUCGUCAAGCCCGUCGACGUCGUCGCCUCGCGCGAGUUAGGCGAGACCAUGAAAGAUCUCUGGGACGAGGAGAUCGUCAAGGGCGCGAAGUUUGUCUUGGGGACGGAUUGGUCGGCGAAGAUCGGAGGUGGGCUGAGGAGGUUUUUGGAUAAGGCGGCGGCGAGUUUUUCGUCGUAG